AUGGAGCUCCUCCAAUCCAUUCUCUCCACAUGGCCUCUCCUCGCCACCCUCCUCCCUCUCACCCUCCUCUACCUCCUCCUAACCACCCUCCUUACCUAUUUCCGUCCCAGCCUGCGCUCCCUCCCCGGCCCCUUCCUCGCCCGCAUCUCCUCCCUCCCCCGCCUCUGGACCUGCUACACCGGCUCCCAACACCUGCACCACCUGCACCUCCACGACAAAUACGGCCCUUUCGUCCGCGUCGGCCCAAAUCACGUCUCCUUCUCCAACCCCUCCCUCAUCCCCGUGGUCUACAGCAUUUCUUCCAAAUUCGUCAAGUCGGAUUUCUAUACCCUGUUCGAUAUCAAGACCCCUGCGGGCGCGAUGCCGACGAUUUUUAGCGUGAGGGAUGAAGCGGUGCAUAAAGGGUUCAAGCGGCCGGUGGCGGGGGCGUAUGCGAUGUCUGCGCUUAGGGAGUUGGAGGGGGGAGUGGAUGAGUGUACGGAGAUUUUUAUGGGGAAGAUGGAGGAGCGGGUUGGUGGGGAGGUGGAUUUGGGGGUUUGGGUGCAUUGGUAUGCCUGGGACACCAUAACCACGCUCACCUUCUCCAACCGCCUCGACUUCAUGGCCCGCGAACAGGAUAUCCAGGGCAUUAUCUCCGCCAUCAACGCCCGGCUCAAAUACAACAGCAUCAUCGGCCAAGCCCCCUGGCUGCAUAAAUACAUCUUCGGCAACCGUUUCGCCGCCUACCUCGCCACCUUCAUCCCUUCCCUCGCUAUAUUGAACAGCUCGAAAUACAUCGUUGAUUUCACCGCCGCCCAACUCCGGCACCACCAAUCCCUCGACAGCAAACCCCCCAGCUCCCCCUCCGAGGGUCCAGGACAUCGGCCGAAAGCAGGAUAUCCAGACAUGCUCUCCCGCUUCCGCCGCUCCCCAGCCCUGUCCUCCUCCGAGCUCCUCUCCCACGCAACGGGCAACAUCUUCGCCGGCAGCGACACAACCGCCGCCUCGUUGCGGAGUAUCUUCUACCACCUCUGCCUUUCCCCCUCCGCCCUUUCCACCCUCCAAAACGAAAUCUCCACCGCUUCCGCCAAAGGCAACCUCUCGGAUCCGGUAACCUUCGCCGAAGCACAAGCUUUACCGUACCUGCAGGCGGUAAUAAAGGAGGCGCUGCGCAUGCACCCCGCCGUCGGCCUCCUCCUCGAACGCCUCGCCCCUUCCCCCGAGGGACUAACACUACCCAACGGGAUCCACCUCCCCGCCGGCACGGUGGUAGGCAUGAACCCCUGGGUUUCCGCGCGUGAUCCCCUCGUCUAUCCCUCCCCUUACACCUUCAAACCGGAGCGCUGGCUCGAGGCCUCAGAGGAGGAAUUGAAGUUGAUGGAGCGCAAUUUCCUAGCGUUCGGAGGAGGGAGCCGGACGUGUUUGGGCAAGAACAUCUCGUUGUUGGAGAUGGGGAAGCUGGUUCCGCAGGUGUUGAGGCGGUUUGAGUUUGAGUUGGCUGAGCCGGGGAAGGAGUGGGUGAUGGAGGAUUAUUGGUUCGUGCAGCAGAGAGAGCUGGUUUGUAGGGUCAAGAGACGGGAGGGGGGAAUGAAGGAAGGGUGA